GAAACCCUUUCCGUCACUAUCUCCCCUUCCUCACCUGUCGGGGAGAGCGUGCGAGGAGGAGAGGGGCGUGCGGGUCCCUCGGAGAGGUCAGGAGAAGAUGCUGGGGCUCCACUCGUCUCCCCUCUGCGCAGGGCCCACCGCUGUUCACAGGCAUCUGGCCUCACACUGAUCGCUCAUAUCUACAGGCAGAGAGCAGGAGGAGAGCUUCUAUCAUUGAGCCACUGAAAAAUUACAAAUCCUCUACAUUUUUUUUUUCUCUUAUUUAUUCGCCUCUCCUUUAUCCAUAUUAUUUUUUAAAAUUUCUUCCCGUUUUUUCUUCAUCCUUAAUUAUUUCUAAAGGCAGAAAGCCAAGAGAGUACAGAACAGGAAUGUGGGAAAAAGAAGAAGAAGAAGAAGAAGAAAAAAAAAAUAAAAACGCCGUCUGCUAGAACUGGUUCUGACUUUAUCCUUGCACUAAAAAAGAUAAGCCACGGAAGAUAGUUAGAGUGUGCUGUGUCUAGCAAGCCGGCGCACAGAGCUCUGACUGCAAUCAGUGGGAAGAGGGCCAGCUUCCCUGCCUGAGCUCUCAGCGCCCCUACUGGCUGCACGCUGUGCCAAUCAAAGGCUAGUGGGUGGGGAGCAGUCAGACAUGAACACUGAUGUCACAGUCACAUGGAUUCUGGUGUGGUCAUGCUCGGAGGCUGAGAGACAGAGCUGUGCUGGCCAGCUGCUGCUGAGACAGCAGUGGAGGGCUUUGCGCUGGUGAUAGUUCUUCUCUUAUGGACUCGAAGCUUAAUGAUGUAUUUUGUGAUUUCAGCUAUGAAAGCUCAAAUCGAAAUAAUUCCCUGCAAGAUCUGUGGAGACAAAUCAUCAGGCAUCCAUUACGGCGUGAUAACAUGUGAAGGCUGUAAGGGCUUCUUCAGGAGGAGUCAGCAGAGCAAUGCAGCCUACUCCUGCCCCCGUCAGAAGAACUGCUUGAUCGACCGCACCAGCCGCAACCGCUGCCAGCACUGCCGGCUGCAGAAGUGCCUGGCAGUGGGCAUGUCACGAGAUGCGGUGAAGUUUGGCCGCAUGUCAAAGAAGCAGCGAGACAGCCUGUAUGCCGAGGUCCAGAAGCACCGGCUGCAGCAGCAGCAACGUGACCACCAACAACAGCCCGGAGAGGCGGAGCCGCUCACACCUAGCUACGGCCUCUCGGCCAACGGCCUCACGGAGCUCCACGAUGACCUCAGCGGCUACAUGGACGGACACACCCCCGAUGGCAGCAAACCAGACUCGGCGGUCAGCAGCUUCUACCUGGACAUCCAGCCAUCUCCUGACCAGUCAGGCCUGGACAUCAACGGCAUCAAGCCCGAGCCCAUCUGCGACUUUGCCCCCGGCUCUGGCUUCUUCCCUUACUGCUCCUUCACCAACGGAGAAACCUCCCCCACCGUGUCCAUGGCUGAACUAGAGCACCUGGCCCAGAACAUCUCUAAGUCACACAUGGAGACAUGUCAGUACCUGAGAGAGGAGCUGCAGCAGAUGACUUGGCAGGCUUUCCUGCAAGAGGAGGUGGAGAGCUACCAGAACAAGCCCCGGGAAGUCAUGUGGCAGCUGUGUGCUAUCAAAAUAACAGAGGCCAUUCAGUAUGUGGUGGAGUUUGCCAAGCGCAUCGACGGCUUCAUGGAGCUGUGUCAGAAUGAUCAGAUAGUGCUGCUGAAAGCAGGCUCUUUGGAAGUUGUGUUUGUCAGAAUGUGCCGUGCCUUUGACUCGCAAAACAACACAGUCUAUUUUGAUGGAAAAUAUGCCGGACCUGAUGUGUUCAAGUCAUUAGGCUGUGACGACUUGAUCAGCUCCGUCUUCGAGUUUGGGAAAAACUUGUGUUCUAUGCACCUGUCUGAGGAUGAGAUCGCCCUGUUCUCUGCCUUUGUGUUGAUGUCUGCAGACCGGUCCUGGCUCCAGGAGAAGGUGAAGGUGGAGAAACUCCAGCAGAAGAUCCAGCUGGCCCUCCAGCACGUCCUGCAGAAGAACCACAGAGAGGACGGCAUACUUACAAAGUUGAUAUGCAAAGUGUCGACACUGCGAGCGCUGUGCAGUAGGCAUACAGAGAAGCUUACAGCUUUCAAAGCAAUAUACCCAGACAUUGUGCGUGCCCACUUCCCCCCCUUAUACAAGGAGCUGUUUGGAUCAGACUUUGAGCAGUCCAUGCCCGUUGACGGGUAGCAGCCCUGCCAGGUGCCAGUGUGCCCACCGUAGGGGAAUGUGGAGGAGGAAUCUGAGACACUUUACUGGUGCCCUGCACAAACCAGAGCGGACAGAUGGCACGCUGUUCAACUUCUUCUUUUACAUUGGAGGGGAGGGCUCGGGGAGUUGAUUGUCAAGGUUUACUCUAUUGAAUUUAGUUCUCUUCGGAAGUCGCGUGGGACCUGACACCCCACGGGACGUGAAGAGGAGAUAGGAACAAAUCAUUUCUGUUUGGUUGAACUUGACCCUCUUAUGCGCUUUCUUAACACGGAGCUCCCGAUUGCACUUCACCCGCGUUCACCAGUAUUGACCGCAUCCGACCGCAAAAUCAUGCGAGCGAUUCUCGAGACACUUUCAAAAGCAGAUGAAGAUUUCUAGUUUAGAAGACGACCACAUCAGUAUUAUUUUCCAGAUGACACUCCCAAAACAGUUUUUGCAUUUUUUUCCAGCGAAGCCUAACAUCUCCAUCCGCAGACCACACGACACGCCCCAAAACCUGAGUAAACAACUGACAAAUGCGCACAUUUUGGUCAAGUUCAGCCACUUUUUCUUUUUGUUUUAUUUUCUGUUGUUUUGGUUUCUCUCUCUCUCUCUCUCUCUCUCUCUAUCUCUCUCUCUCUUGCGUUCAGUCGUAUUUUUUGGACACAGUGCUCAGAAUGAAAACACGCAGCGACUUUGAGGGAGGUUCCAUUGGCAUGGUCAUGCAGUCGGCGCCUCUCUACGGACAAUCGUUUAAAAGAGAAAAAAAAAAAGAAACCUAGAAUUCUGGUAAUUCUAAUGAAAACGCAAUGAUUUUAGCUGUCAAAGACUCCAUCCACCAUUGUUGCAUAGUGAAAUCAUGUAAGGCCAUCUGCUAUUAAUCCUUCUCUGGAAGGGUGCCCUGAAGAAGCACAGGGUACCGCCACAAUGAAAAGGGUCCAUUCCACCUGUUUUAUAAUGUACUACAGGGUAUAUGGUCAUAAGUACUUACUAUACAGAAAAAAAGUAAUGUUUAUAGAAUCUAUUUUAAAUAACAUGUAUGAUAUUAGUAGUUAGACCAUUCUUAAUUGUUGAAUUGAUAAGGCACUUUUAUUUACACCUUUCUUUAAUUUAAGACUUGUAUAUUUACCUAGUGAUGUGUUGCAUGUGCACAAGAAAUACAAGUUGAAUCAUGGUCACAGAGGUUAGUCCUGGGAGCUGCAGAUGAUACUGCCCUGGAAGCGUACGGGGAUGUAUGUUAGGAUGGCUGGCGUGGUUGGCGAAAAAAGAGGCGCGGGUGAGAAGGCAAGUUAAAGACGCUCUUAAAUGCCAACCUUGCACUCGUCAAAGCAGAGCCGAUAAACCACGCGCUUUUGUCCGAAAUACGAUGGUUUGCAUUUUUUUUUUUUUUUACAGUGUAAAACUUCACAUGUGAUUUAAAGAAGGCUACACACACACAAAAGAAAGAAAAUAGACAAAGGAAAGUUUACCCCAGCCAGGCCUUAAUGAUCAACAUUGUAUUCAAUAGCCAUGUGGCUGCACUGGAAAAGUCACACACAGACUGCAAUCCAAUUGUUCCACCUAGUGGAAGAACAAGAUACAACAAGCACGUUAGAAGCCUAACGGCGGAGACCCAGUGUCCAACCUAAAAAAAACAAAAAAAAAGCACAUUCAUGUUUCGUCGCCGUCUAAAGAGUGACUCUAUCUGCCUCCUCACCUCAGCCCUCGGCCCAGCGACACCGCAACAGGACACAGAAGUCACAGGGAAGGGAAAGUGAAUAUUCAAAGCCUUGUCUGGUUGUAAAGCUUCUAUUUUUGUAACUCGUUUUGGUUAAUAAACUCAUGAAAGAGAACGAGGGAGAGAAAAAGAUGUCAGGUAGCACUUAACUAUACUCCUGCAAUAAUUAGACUAGCUGUUGUCUGUAUGGUUAGGGGAGAAACAUAAAAAUGGUAGGACAAGUGCUAUUUUCAGAAUGCUUUGUUGUCGUGCUUCUGUUUUGUUGAGUGUGUCUUUCUCGUCAGUGUGGUAGUAAAGUGGUAGAGAAAAAAAAAAGAAAAAAGAAACCCUGGAUGUGCCAAACAGUAGUCGUUGCUUCUGCUUUCCAGUCUACUCGUCUGUAACGUAGAAUGGAUUCCUAAGACAUUCCAGCAAUCUCGGUAGCGACUUCUAGAAAUAUCUUUUAAAAAAAAUGAAAAGGAAGUGAAAAUGAGUUUAAAAAAAAAAAAGAAAAGAGAAAAUGACAUCCCUUUAGAAACCCAUCAACGUGUGUUAACACAUCUGUCACCGACUGUAACAUAGAAUCCAGUUGUUUGUCUUUUUUUUUGUUGUUUUUUUUUUGUUUUUCUAUCAUUCCUCUGCCGUGCAAUUUGUACAAGGCGUUAAUGCCUCGUGCUGUCACCCCUCAGGGAAGAGUUUCUUUUUGUGCUUUCUGUUUUAGAGGACAUUUGUUUGUAUUCACGAAGUUGUUUUUAUUUUUUUUUUUUUUCAGGGAUGUUCCAUGAGAAAUGGUUGAAAAUAGGAUUUAAAAAAAAAACAAAAAAAAUCAUCACUGAGUUGUAAAGAAUCUCACAUUACUGAUGUCCAUAAGAGGCCCUCCAGCCAAGUCUUAGAAAAAAAAGCGAAUAAUCUCAUUUGUUAAAACAACAAACCCCAUCACUUUUACAAACUGCCGUUUUUUCAGUAGCAGCGUGUUUCAGUCUCACAGAAGAAGAAAAAAAAAACCUGUUUUAAUAUUAAAUGGUGUCGUCAGGGUCUUUACAAAUGAUAACCCUCUUUGUUAGAAAACCAAAUAUUCUUAUGCAAUACUAAAUCUGUUUCUGUGUUUGGGUUGUAGUAGACAUGCUGUACCUGAGUAAUAAUCUCUGUUGUGAUCCAAUCCUGUUUUGGAUAUGCACAAGCCCUCUUACGACUAGUAAACCUCAGUCUCAAAGCAAAAGAAAACCCAGUCUGGAACACUGCUAGACAAUCCAGGUUGAGAGGCCCGGCGGCCCCCCGGCAAGAGCAGCAGAGAGGAUGAGGUGUGAACGCUCAGGGAGGUAACAGGUAGACCGAAGAAGCAACUUGCUCUCCUCUGGAGCUGCGUUUGAUUAGCUCUUUUGUGAAUUAAUGAAAAAUUGAUGAGCAGAGCUUGGCUGAAUUUUUUUUUAAUUAUUUUUUUUAUUUUAUUUUUUUUUAUUUUCUGGCAUAGCACUCUGAACACAUACACUUGAGAAAAUGAUGGAGAAACAACAAAAGAGAUUUCUUGAAAUUUAUUCAAUUUCGUACACGUUUCCGUGUUGCUUGUUAGCAAUCACGCAUUCGAUUUAGGACUUUGGGAAAUCUGAUUAUUGAGAGACGAAAACCGGUUGUUUUCUUGAGAUGUGUUCAGUUUUGUUUACCUGCGAGUUUUCAAGCAGCCGAGCGUCUUUUGUUCUGCGAUAUAUAACAAGCAAUAUGCCUUGUGUUUCAAUUACGGGUCUCUACAGUGCAGUCAUCAUCCUUUUGAAUUAACACACAGCCGAACGUACAAUGUUUACUCUCAGUCGAUGACAAAAAGUAAUAAAGCCCCAUCACUCUAUUUUCAUCUCCUUAUGUGCUGGUGUGGUUGCGGUAGUGGCAGGAGAGCAGCGAAUGGUCAUCGGACGCACGGAUGCGUGUGUCUCCUUCACACAGGCCUGAAAACGUGACGUCCGUCUGUAUAUUCUCAUCCGAGGUGUCCCGGCUCCAUGAAGGGAUUAAUGCUACGUGUGCUAUUCAAUCAGUGUAUAGUAUACAGUCAAAUGUGCUGGUCCUUCUGUCUCUGCUCUGUUGUCUGUUUGUAAAAAAGCAAUAGUGUGUGUGCGUGUGUGUGCGUGCGUAUGUGUUUGUUCUCACUGUGUGUGAAUAAAAAUAAACCCCAGACAAGGCUUUAAUAAUUACAAGAGGAACAGGGUUAUGUGGACGAGGAGGGUUUCGAUUUCAUUUUGGACUUUGGAAAAGAAAAAAGUGAAUUUAAAAAAUAAAAGGAAUAAAGAGGUUUCUGGAAAUGCUGAGCUUGAUCCAUCCGUGAUAGGUGUAGGUUUUUAAAAGCAUGACAUAAUGCCUCCGGCAAUUCAACAUCGGUCUGUGGGACUGACUACGAAGCUAACAAAAACAAAUAAUUUUUAAAAACGUGCCACAAAUCCUAGACUGUAAAAAAAAAAAAAAUUAAAAAUUGUGAAAACGAAUCGUCCUGACCGGAAAUUGCAAGGGUCCGCGUUAUGUCACGCUUCCAAGUUGCCGGUGUGUCACUCGGAAUUACGUCACAUUUGAACAAAACUCAUUCUCCAAAGCACAGGUGAUAAGAAUUUAUGAUUACAUUUAAGAAUAUAGUUUAAAGAGAAACGAAAAAAAAUAAAAAAUAAUUGAAAAACAACUUUUUAGCCAUAAUCGAAUGUCAAGCAAUAAUAUAUGUCCGUGUAUUAUUUUUCAUUCUUUUGUGCAUAAUAGUCUUUGAACAUCUGCAUGUAAAUACACCUCUUAUUUAUCACUAUUUGGUUCUAUUUUGUUGUUGAUUUUGUGGACGAGUUUAUGUUCCAUCUGUAUAUUUGACCUGUUCUGUUCCCGGGUGGAGAACUAAGAACUUGACAUGGCCUGUAUGCUGUAUAUCUUAUUUUCUCACUCUCUCUCUCUCCCUCUCUCUCUCUCUUUCUCUCCCUCAUUCUCGGCCGUUUAUUCACCAUAUUUAAUGUUAUUAUUGAUCACAUGUAUAAAGGUAGCUUUGUAACUUCUGUCUGUAUAGGUAAGAGGAAAAUACUGCUACUAAGGCCUACCCAGUGAAAAUAUUUAUCUGUUUAUCAAUUACAUCAUAUUGUACGAUAACUCUGUUUCUAUUUGCUUCCCUCCUUUAGGAUUAGUUUGAUAGAGAUAGGGUGUGCUGACAUUUAAUUUUGUGUUGCCCUGAUGUGUGGUGCUAGGUAAGUUAAUUUUGUGAACCGAGUAUUGAUUCCUAAGCCUGGCCGCCCUAUUAGUUCACUCAUUUCAUUGCGUAUUAACGUAUUAUGGAUAUUAGAACUCGAUAAAUAAAUGAAUAAAUAAUGAUAAUGAAAAUGAUAGUGGUAAAAAAUUACCCAGAGCCAGCUCCUGUAUCAGUGCGCUCGCCCUGGGAUAAGGCACUUAUUUCCUUCUGACUUAUAGCAAAGCUAGUAUCUGCUAAUUAACAAGCUAUUUAAGGUUGCUUUUCUGGUUUGUGGAAAAAUUAUAAUAUUCAAACUGAAACAGCAGUAUUGUGUUAUUUUAAUUUUUUUUUUCUUUGUCUGAUUGUACUAAAAAGAACCACUCACUGAGGCUAUAGUUUGUCCUGUUUUUAAGAUGCUAACUAUUUACCUCCUGUGUUUCGCGUUGCUCUCCACCUGAUGCAGGGGAGUGGUGCCUCCAUACGCUUUUUAUUAUUCCCCCGUUUUUAGACUGUCCCUAAACAGACCGGUGGCAUAAGGCAAAGUGUUAAAAAUGUACAUGAAAGGAUUGCCAUUCGAAGACAAAGUUGACCUUCUCUCUCUUCUCUGUAGCAAAUAUCAGUAAGAAUACUCUUGCAAUAAUACACACAAACGAAUCACACUGAGUGCCUCUCGGUGUAACGACAUGCAUACAUGGUUUUGAUUGUCUCUUCUUUCUUUUCUUCGUGCUUUUCCAGACGUGUUCUGAAGUGACAAUGUAUUUUGUACAUGGGGAUGAAUUCUCGCUCUCACGCCGCUUAAAAAUGUUUUUUUGUUGUUUUUUUUUGUUGUGUUUUCGGAUUUCAUGUGCUGUUGAUCAUUUUUCACGUGGGUUGAUGUCGAAGGGUUUCCGAUGUAUAGGUUUUAAGAGUGUACAUGUCACCCCCCCUCACCCUGUUUCUGAAACUGGGACGUUUCUUUCGCGUUGAUCUCGGACGGUCAGUAAACUCUCGUGGAUGAUGUUGCAGAACUGUUCACCUGCACACGUUUUUUUGUUGUUUUAUUUUUUGUCUUUUUAUUCCUUCUGAUUAGACGAGCAGAAAAUCCAAGUGUCUUCAUUUUCUGUCCGUGCUUCUUUCUCUUUCUUUCUUUUUUUACUCGACUGAGAACGGAAGAUUUGCUAAUGCGUUGUAUAUUAAGUAUUUGUAUGUGUUUGUAAAACAGGUAUACAACACAUCUGGAUUUCUUUAAUGUUCUGUGUUCAAUGUGCCCUCAGUCUGUUUUGGGGUAUCUUAACAUGAAGGGUGGGUGGAGCAGGGGUGGUUUCCUUUUCCCAUGCAAAAGCAGUGAAAACGAUGGGGAAAGCCGAAACUAGUGUGUGGUUGUCACAAAUUUCUAAGUCACACGUUUGCUACUGAUGUUAAAUGGGGACAGAUGAUCAUGUACCUUUUUAUCCAGCUCUUUUGAACUCUCUUUAGCAGGUAGUCUAUUCACAAACGUAGUUUUGCUCCUUCUUGUCUGAUUCUUAAAUAUGAAAAUAAGUAUUUUGAUUCAUUUUGUAAAUACAGCUGUAAAGAAAAAUAAGAAAUUUAAUGUUGUCUUUUAAAUACUUUUCAUUCUAAUAUGAAUGUUGUUAUAUUGUACUUAGAAACUGUACCUUUAAUAUUACCUUUAUUAAAAGUGCAUUGGACACAUCGAUUUUAGAUGUGCUUUAUGUGCUGUUAUCCCAUAAUAAAAUUUACCGCUUGUAAUGGG